CGCAAUGGCGCCUUCAAAGUCUUGGAGGCUUGAGCCAUGACCCCAGCCACAAAGAUCAUGCCUGCCAUUGGCAAUGGUUCAAGUGUCUUGAGAUGGGUUCUUGCUCUUUUCAGCUUCUGUCCACAGUACUCUAAAAUGAUUUCGAUUGUGAUUCCACCCUUGCUUAGUUGUGUCCAUCUUCGAGGAGGGUUACAAAGAAAAUGUAAAAUUUCUAUUUGGAUUCUCAAAUCCAAUCUUUUCCCCGGUCUGGGGCUGAUAUAUGAAGUUUGGUUUUACAUUUUUGAUAGAAGAUUGAUGAUGUUGUAGAUGGGUUUUCAGAAGUGAGAGCAGCGGAGAGUUUUGCCCAAUUCAAUUGUUGUUAUUGUGAAUUUCUGAGAGGUAAAAGAUGGAUUUCGUAUACGCACCGGGAAAGAACCAUCUUUUUAUUCCAGGGCCUGUGAAUAUCCCAGAACAAGUCAUUCGGGCGAUGAACAGAAACAAUGAGGAUUACCGUUCCCCUGCUAUACCAGCCUUAACGAAGAGCCUUUUGGAGGAUAUUAAGAAAAUUUUCAAGACAACUACAGGGACACCAUUUAUGAUUCCCACUACAGGUACUGGUGCAUGGGAAAGCACGCUCACAAACACAUUAUCUCCUGGUGAUCGGAUUAUAUCAUUUCUGCUGGGGCAAUUCAGUAACCUCUGGAUUACUCAACAGCAACGCCUCCAAUUUGAUGUUGAUGUUGUAGAAAGUGAGUGGGGUCAAGGUGCCAAUCUUGACAUCCUGGCAUCAAAAAUUGCAGCUGAUACUGAACAUACUAUUAAAGCUGUCUGCAUUGUUCACAAUGAAACAGCAACAGGAGUUACCAACAAUAUGGCUGCUGUGAGGAGAAUACUUGAUGAUAACAAACAUCCUGCACUGUUUCUUGUUGAUGGAGUUUCAUCAAUUUGUGCUCUUGAUUUCCGCAUGGAUGAGUGGGGAAUAGAUGUAGCUUUAACUGGGUCCCAAAAAGCUCUUUCCCUCCCCACUGGUAUGGGAAUUGUUUGUGCUGGCCCCAAGGCACUUGAGGCAUCAAAGACAGCCAAAUCAGUACGGGCAUACUUCCGCUGGGAUGACUACCUUAAAUGCUAUGAAUUGGGGACCUUCUUUCCAUACACCCCUUCCAUCCAACUCUUGUAUGGGCUGCGAGCUGCUUUGGAUCUUAUUUUUGAGGAAGGACUUGAUAAUGUAAUUGCAAGGCAUAGUCGCCUAGGCAAAGCAACGAGGCUUGCUGUUGAGGCGUGGGGUUUAAAGAACUGUGCACAAAAGGAGGAAUGGUUUAGUGACACAGUCACUGCUGUGGUUGUUCCACCAUACAUUGACGCUGGAGAAGUAGUUAAAAGUGCAUGGAAGCGAUACAAUUUAAGCUUAGGCCUUGGCCUGAAUAAAGUAGCUGGAAAGGUUUUCAGAAUUGGACAUCUUGGUCACCUUAAUGAUCUGCAAUUGUUGGGUUGUCUGGCUGGUGUGGAGAUGGUACUCAUGGAUCUGGGAUACCCAGUUAAGCUGGGAAGUGGAGUCGCUGCAGCUUCGGCAUUUCUGCAGAAUACUAUUCCUAUGAUCCCUUCCAGGGUUUGAUCCAUCUAACUGGGUAGUGACUGUUCUGUUGUUUUCUCUUCAUACUAUUGUAAAAAGAAUAAAACCCUGGCACCCUUUUCAGGCAAGACUUGCUUAGAAUUGAGACUCAUUUGUAUUGCAUCCUGCAUAAUCCUGUAUUUGAGGUAUCUUCUGUCAAAUUUUAUUGUUGUUCUUUGCGGAUU